AUGGCCAGCACCAAGACAUCGGCAAAGCGCCUUCUCAUUGCUAAUCGAGGCGAAAUUGCUAAUCGCAUCUUAAAAACCGCACGACUCUUGGAAUACUGCGUCAUAUCCAUUUACAUGCCCAGCGAUGCUUCAAGUCCUCAUGUAACAGACGCCGACAUCUCCGUCCCGGUGGCGUCUUACAACGACGUUGACGAAAUUGUUGCCGUCAUCAAGCGACAUGCUGUAGAACUUGUCAUUCCCGGAUAUGGCUUCCUAUCCGAGAAUGCAAAUUUUGCAGCUGCCGUUGAAGACGCUGGAGCUAUUUUCGUCGGCCCUGAGCCUGAGCACAUUGUUACGUUUGGCAUCAAGGACCGCGCGAGGGACCUGGCCGCGCAGGUUGGCGUUCCUAUAUGCCCUGGCUCAGGAAUCAUCCAGUCUGAAGACGAAGCCGCAUCAGAAGCCGCCAGAAUUGGAUACCCGAUCAUGCUCAAAGCUACUGCGGGUGGAGGCGGCAUGGGCUUGAAAAUAUGCGACAACGAAAGCCAAGUCCGCUCAUCAUUCGCCAGUGUGGUGAGCCGAGGCACCGCUUUAUUCUCUAACCCAGGCGUAUUUCUGGAACGCUACUACCCAGUGUCCCGUCACAUCGAGAUCCAAGUCUUUGGUGAUGGCCAAGGUGAUUGCGUCAUAUUUGGUGAGCGAGAGUGCUCCAUCCAGAGACGGCACCAAAAGGUUAUUGAGGAAUCCCCGAGUCCGUUUGUGGAGAGCCGACCAGAAUUGAGGAAGAAGCUCGUCCAAGUCUCCCAGCUACUUGCCAGCAGCAUCAAGUACAGAUCUGCCGGGACGAUAGAGUACCUGGUUGACGAUAAGACUGGGGACUUUUUCUUUUUGGAAAUGAACACUCGUUUACAGGUUGAGCAUGGCAUCACGGAGCUGCGCUUUGGCAUCGACCUGGUCGCGCUCAUGCUCAAACAGGCUGAGCAGCCACUCGACGUCGGUGCUCUCAAGCUGCUGGAGCCGUCGGGCGCAGCGAUUGAGGCUCGCAUCUACGCCGAAAACCCUUUCAAGAACCAUCUUCCCAGCCCAGGACAGCUGCAGCUGGUGGAAUUUGGGAGCGGUCCUGGCACCCGCGUUGACACCUGGGUGCAGACCGGCACCAAUGUGUCUCUCGCAUUUGACCCGCUGCUUGCCAAAGUCAUGGUUCACUCUGAAGACCGACCUUCUUCCAUUACUAAAAUACUUCAAGCCCUGCACGACACAAAGUUGCUAGGAGUGGUGACGAAUACAGACUAUGUGCGCCGCAUUUUCGAAACUGAGUGGUUCAGCCAAGGCAAGACUACGACCAACGUCCUCGAUAGCUUCAAGUACACGCCUCGAGCCAUGGAAGUUGUGUCUCCUGGCUCAUCGACCACGAUUCAGGAUUUUCCAGGUAGAGUCGGCGUCGGAUUUGGCAUCCCCGAGGCAGGUCCUGCGGAUGCCUUGCACGCCCGACUAGCCAACUGUGUCGCGGGCAACGACCCUGGCAGCGAACUCCUUGAAAUCACCUUUACGGGACCUACUCUCAUCUUCCAUGAGAGAGCGAUAAUUGCAUUGGCGGGCGGUGUUGUCGAGGCUCACCUGGACAAUGAUCCUGUGCGAAUGUACUCGCGUAUCCAGGUACCCGCCGGCUCUGUCGUGACCAUUGGCCGUCUCUCGCAAGGCUGCCGCGCCUAUCUUGCAAUUCAUGGUGGCUUGCCUGGUAUCCCUCUAUAUCUCGGUUCCAAGUCAACAAGCCCGAUUAUUGAGGUUGGAGGGCACCAAGGCCGACAGCUGGUCGCAGGGGACUUAUUGGACUUGAGCGAGCCUGCCAAAUUCGUGCCGUUUGAGCUACCGUCUUCACUUGUCCCGGUGCUGGAUCUCACAACAGUCUAUUGUCUUUCUGGCCCGCAUGACUCUCCAGAUAUUAUGACAACUUCUGAUGUUGAAGCAAUAUACUCAUCUGAGUGGUCAGUUUCACACCAAGCCUCUCGCACUGGCGUUCGUCUGGAUGGACCAGGGCCGCAAUGGGCGAGACAAACCGGCGGUCAGGGCGGCUCUCAUCCAAGCAACUACUUGGACUACCCUUAUUCGCUGGGCGCUCUCAACUGGACAGGUGACUCGGCAGUGAUUUUUCCUGCUGAUGCUCCCUCGCUAGGCGGCUUCAUCACGUCACAUGUUAUUCCGCGUGCUGAAUUGUACAAGAUUGGCCAGCUGAAACCGGGCGAUAAAUUUCACUUUGCCCCAAUCCCGCUCAAAUCUGCCAUGGAAUUGCGCCAAAGACAGGAAAGCUUCAUCAAGCAAGUAGCAUGUCUUGCAGCUGGAGAUGCGGUCUCGGUAGCUCCGUUGAGCCUUCAGCUUCAACCAGAGAGUACGGAACCUGGGAACAGAUCGGCAGCAAUCAUCGGUACCCACAAUGAUGUAACAAUCCGUCAAGCUGGUGAUUCGUACAUCCUAGUUGAGUUCCUCCAGUCUUUGCAGCUUGAAGUCCGCUGCAAAGUGCAGGCUGUGACAGAGGCAAUUGAUAACGCCGCCAUCGACGGCGUACAAUUGGUGACACCAAUUGGAUGCAGUCUCUUGGUUCAGUUUGACGGAUUCAAAAUUUCUCAAGCACAGCUAGUAGAUGAAGUACAUCGCACACUGAAAGCCCACGACGAAUCACCAUCACUGUCGAACAGACUGUCCAGCCGGCACAUAAGACUGCCCAUGGUAUUUGAUGACAAAGUCAACAGAGCUUCUAUCGAGCGAUACAUGAGCACGCAGAGGCCAACUGCCUCGUACCUUCCCGAUCCUGUCGAGUUCAUUGCUCGUUCAAACGGGCUCAAGUCAAAGCAGGAAGUUCUAGACAAGGUGCUUAGCACCAAGAUCCUGGUCGUCGGCGUGGGAUUCUGGAGCGGCACGCCUAUUGGGUUUCCGGUCUUGGUAUCGGCGGCUGCUUCUUUUGUUGCGAUCCCACUGAUGCGCCCGGAGGAUAUGUCAACUUUGGCCGCACGCUUCCCGGCUGGGACAAAUUCUGCGUCAACAAAAGCUUCGGUGACAGACCAUGGCUAUUUGAAAACUUUGACCAGCUGA